AUGGAACACUUCCUUGAAAAUAGCGCCCGCAUCCGCCAGUCUCAAGUGCCCGAAGAGCAACUGCCCAAAUUGGACAAGAUCAAGAAGGCGUCGUCGUGGCAUCGUGGCGUUGGCUUUUCGCAGGGGCGGGACAUGCGUGCUGUCCGUGUCUUAAAGGGCCACGAGAUUGAAGCAGCACCAGUGGCUGAGAAUGAGGCAAACAACGAAGAUGAGACGGAGCAAUCCCCGACCCAGCCACCAUCUGGCGAAGACACGGGCGAAGACAAAGGAGAAGACAAGGGGGAAGAUAAUGGUGAAGACAAUGCGAACGAGGGCAACACCGAAGAUGAGACGCAGCAAUCGCAGACCCAGCCACCAUCUGGGGAAGACAAGGGUGAAGACAAAGGUGAAGACAACACGAACGAGGUGCUUUGGGCCGCAAACAACGAAGAUGAGACGGAGCAAUCCCCGACCCAGCCACCAUCUGGCGAAGACAAGGGUGAAGACAAGGGCGAAGACAAAGGAGAAGACAAGGGGGAAAAUAAUGGUGAAGACAAUGCGAACGAGGGCAACGAAGAUGAGACGCAGCAAUCGCAGACCCAGCCACCAUCUGGGGAAGACAAGGGUGAAGACAAAGGUGAAGACAACACGAACGAGGCAAACAACGAAGAUGAGGCGGAGCAAUCCCCGACCCAGCCACCAUCUGGCGAAGACAAGGGUGAAGACAAGGGCGAAGACAAAGAAGACAAUGCGAACGAGGGCAAUAACGAAGAUGCGACGCAGCAAGCGCAACCCCAGUCUGGUGAAGACAAUGUAGAAGACACGGGUCAAGACAACGCGAACGAGGCAAACAACGAAGAUGAGACGGAGCAAUCCCCGACCCAGCCACCAUCUGGCGAAGACAAGGGUGAAGACAAGGGCGAAGACAAAGGAGAAGACAAGGGGGAAGAUAAUGGUGAAGACAAUGCGAACGAGGGCAACAACGAAGAUGAGACGGAGCAAUCGCAGACCCAGCCACCAUCUGGGGAAGACAAGGGCGAGGAUCAGGGCGAAGACAAGGGUGAAGACAAAACGAACGAGGCCGUCGUUGGCCCUCCAGAGUUAGAGGCUUCGAGCCCUACAUUUGAAGCAGCGGAAAAGGCUGCAGAUCUCAGCGCCGCCGUUCCCGACGACGACUCGGUUCAUGGCGACUUCACGACGGAUUGUCCUCAGCCAAAAGUUCCAAAGGCCUACCGUUUGACGAAGAGAGGCUUUUGGAGCCCGCAACACGUUCUGCCACAGAAAUUCACCGUGACGCAAUGUGCAGAGACGUGCACUCAGAUGGAGAAGAGGUGGAAGACGUGCUCGCAGUUCAGCUUCCAACCCUCCGGGGAAUGCAGUCUGAGCGUCCCAACGGCCAAAUUUGCGCGCACGGAUUUGUGCAUCUACGGCUUUGAGAAGGACAAAGGUGGAGAGAAAACAACCACGGCCAUCUCGACACAAUCGACUGACAAGAACGAGGGAGCAGGCGAUACGAAUCAAUCGACAGCAUCGGCUGAAGACAAGGGUGACAACGCUGAAGAGAACAAGGGCCUCCAGGGCGAAGAUGAGACAAACGAAUCACCGACUGGUGAAGAGAAGGAUGAAGAGAAGGUAGAUGAGUCGCCGUGGAAGAUCACGUCUCCAACGGCGGUGGCCGCGCCGGCGCCGUCGAAGACGCCCAAGGCGUCGAAGGCGCCCAAGGCGUCGAAGUCGCCCAAGGCGUCGAAGGCGUCGAAGGCGAAGACCCCGAAGGCGGCAGCUCCCCAAUCAGCCUACUGCUCGAGUCCAGCUGAGAGGAACAAUACGCAUGCUGAGAACGUGAGGCAUCAGCUCUGUCAGUUGCUGGCAGAACUGGCUUCACUGCGCAAGACUGGAGGUGGACAAAGUGCGCCGGUGGCAGAGGAGCCGACGCCGACGGUGGGAGGUCAAGAGGUGAUCCCAGAGCCCACCUUGGGCACGGACCAGGUGCAAGAAGAAGCCGUGGCAAAGGCACAGGCAGCUGCUUGGAGGCGACGCGAUGAGGCCCAGAUACUGCCUGAUCCAGCUUGGAAUCCUAGAGUUGUGAGGGGAUCGGGGCUCAAUCACGGGCACUCCGCCGGGGCCCGGCGUUCUAAAGUUGAAGAAUCCACGAUUGUGGCCGCAAAGCCAAGACGCUCGGCAGACUCGGCAGAUGGUGAAGGUGCAGGAUAUCCGAUCGUUUCCAGGGUCCCGCACUGCCGUGCCACGGGAAGCGGAAGCCGCGGCACUGGAGCAGUGGGAGAAGUCGACGCAAGGCCGCCGAGAAAAGCGGAGGAAGCGCUCGAGGAAGCAGCAGUUGAAGCGAAUGAGAUGGCCCGUACAGCCAACAAGAAUCGCAUGGUCGCAGAUCUGGAUACGCCGGACACGCGGGAGCUGCGCAAGCUGAUAGAGGAGGUCGGGCACAAGUUGAAGGAAGUCGAGGAGGAUCCAGACUUUUCCAAGCACCAGGUGGUACACCAUGCGCGGGGCGAGCUACCAAAGUUGGAACAUGAAGUGGAUCUCUGGGCCACGAAAGGCUCCUUGCUGCAGCGAUUUCAAGUCUUGGUCCACGAAGCCGGUCUCAGCUGA